AUGGCAUCAGAAAGUGAAUCUUCUUAUUUUCUAGGAACUCUGAACUAUUACUACAACUUGUUACUCAUGACAACUAAAGGAAGAUGUAUUGUUGUGACAGUUUUGGUGACGGCUGGAAGUAUUCUGUUGUAUCGAUGGAGAAAUGAAAAUAACAAGAAACAGAUCACUCCGGAAGUACAAAAAGUUCCCGAUCUCAAUGAACUGCAUCGUAAGAUGAGAGAAGAAAGAGAGCGGGAAGAAAGGCAAUACGAAGAAGAGAGAAAUUUGAAAUUAUCUCGUAGGAAUGAGGAAAAACGAGCUAAAACGGAGAGAAGUAACAUGGAAAUAACAGUGAAUGAUAGAGAAGAUGAACUGAAUUUCAUGAGGAAAAAGCAUGAAAUCGAGGAGAGAAUGAGAAAAUUAAUGGAAGAAAAAAGGAAUGAUCAGCUUGUGAAAGAUAAGCUAGCAAGUUUGGACCAAGAACGAUUAAGAAAUCAAGGGAAGUUGGCAUUGGAAGGAAUAGAGAGAAACAUAGAAAGAUCACGAGAAAUUCACAGGAGAAAUGUGGCAGAGUUGGAUAACAAAUUUCAUGAAAAUCAAGACAUUUUUGAAAAACAAGAGUCAUUGAGGAAAGAAGAAAUAUUGGAGCAAGAGGAGAGAUUUGAGAGAAGAAGGCGUGAAAUUGAAGAACAGUUAGAAAGAGAUUUAGAAGAAAUGAGGAGAAGAAAUCAACAGAGAAGAAAUGAAAUGGAUGAACAACUUCGUCAAAUUCGUAUGAUUCUUCAGAUGAAAAUCUGGAAUGAAGUUAUAGAAUCAAACUGGACCAAACGAUUGAAUUCGUUGAGAUCAUCAAAUCAGGAUAUAGAAAAACUAUACUCUCAAAUGACGAGAAAUCAAGAUAGACAGUUGUUGAAGUCUCAAACAAACAGUUUACUGGCAGCAGUGGAUCAUCAAAAAACUCUUAUGGAAAACGAGAAAAAUGAAAUGGAAAGGAUGUAUAGAGAAUAUGGAAAAUCAUUCUUAUUAGUUAUCAAGGAUUCAGUCGACGACGUCAGUUCUCAAUGUGACAGGACAUUAUACGUAUUGAAGCAUGAACCAACGAACUCUGCUAAAAUUGAUGAAUGUGUGGCUGCUCUUUCAAAGAUUACCAUGUCGAUCCCAACACUUGCAGAGCUGAAACGUCAAUGGAAAGAUGGAAUGGUGUAA